AUGCGCUUCACAUCCUUCGCCAUUGUCACCGCCUUCCUGGCUACCAUGAUUUCUGCUACUCCAGUGGCCGAGCCCGAACCCAACCCUGUUGAACUGGCUGCUCGAGCCAAGUACACCAUCCACUGUAGUGGUGGCCUCAACCCUGAUUCGCACUGCUUGACGCCUCAUUCCAAGUGUGACUCUUAUGGCACGUACCUGGUUGAGUCUGGUUACAAGGAGCAGUUAAGAACAGAAGCCGAGUCUGGGAAGGGGCAUGAAUGA